AUAAUCCUAAAUGCGUCCCUGACCAAGAUUCAGGAUUUGAUAGUUGAGAGUUUUUAUUAGCAUUUCCAGAGCCUUUCUUUGAUUUUCUCAACUUACCAACUUUUGGAACCCUCUGAAAAGCUACCGUUUCAUAGCACAACAAAGACUAGAACAACAACAAUGGUCAACAAUAAACCCUGCAGUUCCUCCGAUGGUUCAAUCAAAAGUGGUUGUCCAGUUCUGACUGUGAGUGCAAAAACGGUACUAAGGAACUACCAGACGGAGGAAAGUAUUCCCGUGGUUGUCCCCAAAUCAGCUCAUAAUCAGGACUGUCGGCACCAAGUAUGUACAAGUUCACUUAUGAACUACUCACCUUACCCAAAGAAAGACGCUUCCGAUGAAAACUGGCCCUUGCCGAAUUACACUAAAGAUCAAUUUCUACAAGAAGCAAAACAAUAUUUGACAAUUUAUCACAACGAUAAGAAAACUCACAAAGACGAGUACCAUGUUCGACUGAAAGAGAUUGAAGACGAAAUCAAGACAAAACAGUCGGCUACUUACACUACAGACGAACUGAGAUACGGAGCGCAGUUAGCGUGGCGCAAUGCAGCCAGGUGUAUCAACCGCCUCUAUUGGCAGACGCUUGAAAUAACAGACAGGAGAGACGUGAAAACAAAUGACGCCAUGUUCGAAGCCGUUUGUCAACACAUACGAAGCUCUUUUAACGGCGGAAAACUGCUAGCAACUGUUCUGGUUCUGCCUCAAAACGCGAGGUUGUGGUCCAGCCAAUAUUUGAGAUUCGCUUGUUACGAGCAAACUGACGGGACGCUUCUAGGCGACCCAGCAAAUCGGGAGUUGACUCGAAUCGCGAUGAAAAUUGGCUGGAGCAAACCAGAAACUGAACGAACCGAAUGGGAUGUGUUGCCUGUGAUUGUUCAAUGCAACCCAGAAGAAGAUCCUAGCUGGUACGAGUUGCCUGUAGACUGUCGGCCGAUUGUCGAACUGUCGCAUCCCGACCCAAAAUACGAACAAGCUAUGCGACAACUAGGGCUGCAGUGGUUUGCACAGCCGUUUGUAGCAGAUAAGGCUAUAGAAAUUGGUGGCGUGGUGUUUAAAUGUGUUCCUUUUAGUGGGUGGUUCAUGGAAACUGAAAUUGGCCGUGAUUUAUGUGACGUUCAGCGUUAUAAUAGUAUCCCUAAGCUAGCUCAGAUUAUGGAUUUAGAUGUAACUCUGGCAGCUAGUAGUCAACUCAACAUUGACCGCAUUUAUGUUGAGGUCAAUGCCGCUGUGUUACAUUCCUUCCAGCAAGCUCAAGUAUCCAUUGUGGAUCAUCAUACUGCAGCUGCCGGGUUCCAGAAGUUCUUAAAAGAAGACACCGUGGCUCGCGGAAACACUCCUGCCGAUUGGGUGUGGAUUGUGCCUCCUAUAAGUAGCGGAAUGAGUCCCGCCUUCCAUCAAGAGAUGAUGAACUACCUGGUGAAACCGUGUAUACUUGAUCAGACUGAACCUUGGGUUCCGUAUUUCGAAAGACUUCGGAAAAAUCCAGCAGUUAUCGAUGAGCCAGUGAAGAAAAAUAACUGGGCACUGGUUAAAAACGCGUUCAAGCCGUUUGAAAUGUUGAUAUCCCGGAUAAACAAACGAACUUGUGUUACGGUUUUGUAUGCGUCCACAACGGGAACCGCGGAGUCAUACGCUAAACAAACGGUUAGCCGACUUUUUAAAGAGGGCUACAAAGCAGAACUAUCUGAGUUGGACAAAUUCUCCUUCCCCGACGCAGACAAAACUACACAACUGUUAUUAAUUAUAACUUCUACAUUCGGCCGGGGAAACGCUCCAGCUAAUGGGCUUAAAACCGAACAAUGGAUGGAAGAAAAUAACCAAAGCUUAGUUGAGUCACAGGAAAAAAGUUUCGGUCAACUAAACCGCGAACUAAAGAAUUCGUGCAGUCACUUUGUGUAUGCUGUUUGCGCAAUAGGUUCCAAAGCAUACGAAGACUUUUGCGAGUUCGGUGUUUGUCUGGAUCAAACUUUGGAAAAUCUUGGAUCCACAAGGUUGCUUCCAGUUGCGACUUGUGACGCGCUAAGCGACCAGUACAAAUCUUUCUGCAGGUGGGAAACGGAAGCUAUUGGGGCACUUAAGCAAGUGUUCCCAAUCAAACAAGCAUUGCCAGCCAAAACUAACAUUCUAACUGAUGAAGAAAAACGAUCGAACGACUUGGUAUCAAGUUCGGAGAAAGAUGAAUUUCCAGAUGAAGAAGGAGCUCAAGCUAUGAUUGAACUUAGCUUUUACGACAACGUGUGUGCAAGAAGAGAAGGUGUCGGACCAUACACUAAAACUAACCCCUUGGAAGCGACGGUUCUCAUGAACAAAGAGUUGGUAAAGCCAGCUAAAAUAGAAAACAGAGGGCAUUUGAGUUCUUCCAUGAACCAGCACUCGGUACGCCAAAUUGAGUUAGCGAUAAAAGACAUGCCUUAUUUGGCUGGCGAUCACGUCUAUAUAUUCCCGGAAAAUCCAACCUCAGACGUUGAAAAGGUAAUAAAAAGAUGUGGACUGAAACUGGACGACAUUAACUUAGAUCGACCUUGUUCUCUGAAUGUGAUAUCAAAUGGAAGAUUUCAAUCAAUGCGUGAACUCAUUUCAAAGUACGUCGACUUGGUCUCGCCUUCACUUCCGAAUGUUCUAGAAUGUUUCGCAAGAUACGCAUCAGAUGAAGGUGAAAGGAAAAAAUUAAGGCAACUGAUUGAAAAUAAAGAGGCUUAUUUGGAGUGGUCAGUCAAUCGGUGGACUGUGAACGAAGUUUUGGAUGAGUUCAAAUCUGUUGAGAUUAAGCUACAUGAGCUGAUUCAGUUUCUACCCCCUCUCCAGCCCCGCCCCUACUCAAUUUCAUCCUCGCCAAGAACCAACGCGAACAAACUGCAGAUCACAGUCAGUGUGGUAAAAUACAACACACCCAAUGGAAUGAGACGAGAUGGCCUGUGCUCCAACUUCCUCUACCAAACAAUCCCCCAAGACAAAAAUGAGUUGUCAUUGAAACAAUACAAAACCAACAGAAAGAUUUUACCCCCAAUUCAGUCCCAUCAGCCUCGGAUGAGUGUGAACAAACUUCAUGGCACAGUCAGUACUGCUGGGUACAAACAAACCAAGCAAAAGGAUCAUACGGGACUGAUUACAUACUUCCGUCCAGAAACAGAGUCCAAAAAUGAACAAAUUUUCUCCUCUAACAAGGACGAAAAAGCAAGCAAGGUGCGAAUUUUUGUGAUCCCAAAUCCCUCCUUCCGACUUCCAGGCCAGUUGCAGGAUCCUCAGAAAGUAGACUUUUCCAAAGUCUUGGAAACAAUGAGUUCUCGACUUCUGAUGUUCGCCAUCGGCUCAGGAAUUGCUCCAUUCCGCGCAUUCUGGCACGAACUUCUGUCUCUAAGCAGAACAAUUCAGACAACCGAGAAGGACCGAAUGCUAUUUAUAGGCUGCCGAACUCCGAAUGACCUUCUAUAUGCUGACGAGUUGAAGAAAUUGACCCAAUCAACGACACAAGCAAACCACAGAAUUCUAACCGAAGUUGUCCCGGUUUAUUCACGAGUACCUGGACACCAAAAACGAUAUGUCCAGGACGAAAUUCCCCGGUAUAAACAAAUAAUUUAUUCAUUUCUAGCAGACAAGCACAGUUUCGUGUUUAUGUGCGGUUCGGUUCGGGCUUGUAUCGGGAUUGAACGAGGAUUGGUGUCGGUGAUAGAGUCUUGUCAGCCGGGAAAACCGACACGAGACGAGGCUGAAGACUGUAUCAAGAGAAUGAAACGUUGCGGAAAGAUUCAAUUGGAGAUGUUCGGAUAG